AUGGAGUUGUCUUCACUCUUCAUCUUCAGAGUCUCGUACUCUUGUUGCGUUUUUUCGCGCGCAUUCUUCCGCUUUGCUUUGUUGUUCCAAUAUCUCUCUCUUACCUCUGUUUCGUUAUUCUCAAUCAUAUAGGUUCUGCUAUGUAUAUACUCUCAGCUCUUAGGGUUCAAAUGUGUAUAUAGUAUGGUUCAGCAAUCAGCACACCACGUGUUCGAUGAUAUGCUUCAAUGAAGUUUUCUCAACUUGUAGUCUUAUUCUGCUUUGAUCUCAAGUAGAGAAGCAUAUUUUUUGUUGUGGAGCUCGAAUAUGGCGCGUUGGGCAUGGUGUUGUUAGACAGAGUAUAUGCCGUAUAUUCUUGGAGGUCUCACCAUAGCCGACAUUGUCAAGUUUAUUCCCAGAUUAUGGAAAAAGUCGCAGUCUUGUUCCAAGAACUUUCCAAACCCACAUUGAACCAAUGCUGAGUGAGAGUCUUUUCAAAUCUCUUGGACAUUUGGCCAGCCACGGUCAUUUGCACGACGCUUUCAAAACGUUUUCUCUUCUUCGUCUUCAAUCUUCUUCUGCAGUUUCAGAUGACCUCGUUUUGCAUUCCGCGGCUUCCCUUUUAUCCGCUUGCGUUGAUGUUCGUGCAUUUUUAGCAGGGGUGCAAGUUCACGCUCACUGUAUUUCGUCGGGUGUCGAAUAUCACUCUGUGUUAGUCCCAAAGCUGGUUACCUUUUACUCUGCUUUCAAUCUCCACAAUGAAGCUCAAUCGAUUAUUGAGAACUCUGACAUUUUGCAUCCCUUACCUUGGAAUGUGCUCAUUGCUUCGUAUGCCAAGAACGAGCUUUUUGAGGAGGUUAUUGCUGCUUACAAGAGAAUGGUGAGCAAGGGAAUCCGACCCGAUGCCUUCACUUAUCCGUCUGUUCUUAAGGCUUGUGGUGAAACACUUGACGUUGCCUUUGGAAGGGUGGUUCAUGGUUCCAUCGAGGUUAGCUCUUACAAGUCCAGCUUGUAUGUUUGUAAUGCAUUGAUCUCUAUGUAUAAAAGGUUUAGAAAUAUGGGUAUUGCUCGGAGGUUGUUUGAUCGAAUGUUUGAAAGGGAUGCUGUCUCAUGGAAUGCAGUGAUAAACUGUUAUGCUUCGGAAGGCAUGUGGAGUGAAGCGUUUGAGCUUUUCGAUAAAAUGUGGUUUUCAGGUGUUGAGGUCAGUGUCAUAACUUGGAAUAUUAUUUCUGGAGGUUGUUUGCAAACAGGAAAUUAUGUAGGAGCUUUGGGUUUGAUCUCUAGGAUGAGAAAUUUUCCUACGAGCUUAGAUCCUGUGGCUAUGAUUAUUGGUUUGAAGGCUUGCUCUCUCAUAGGAGCAAUACGAUUGGGAAAAGAGAUUCACGGUCUUGCUAUUCACAGUUCUUAUGAUGGGAUUGACAAUGUUCGAAACACGUUGAUCACAAUGUACUCAAAAUGCAAAGACCUUAGGCACGCCUUAAUAGUGUUUCGACAGACUGAAGAAAAUAGUUUGUGUACUUGGAACUCUAUCAUUUCCGGUUAUGCGCAGCUGAACAAAUCAGAAGAAGCCUCUCACCUGCUGAGGGAGAUGUUGGUUGCUGGCUUUCAGCCAAAUUCCAUUACACUAGCAAGCAUUCUCCCUCUUUGUGCUCGGAUUGCAAACCUGCAACAUGGAAAAGAGUUUCAUUGCUACAUCCUGAGGCGCAAGUGCUUCAAGGACUAUACAAUGCUGUGGAACUCCCUUGUUGAUGUUUAUGCAAAAUCGGGAAAGAUUGUAGCUGCAAAGCAAGUAUCUGAUUUGAUGAGCAAAAGAGACGAAGUAACAUACACUUCCUUGAUAGAUGGAUACGGAAAUCAAGGUGAAGGGGGAGUAGCCUUGGCCCUGUUCAAGGAGAUGACCAGAUCUGGUAUUAAACCUGACCAUGUAACCGUGGUUGCAGUUCUAUCAGCCUGCAGUCAUUCCAAGUUAGUCCAUGAAGGUGAAAGGCUGUUUAUGAAGAUGCAGUGUGAGUAUGGUAUACGUCCUUGUCUUCAACAUUUUUCUUGUAUGGUUGAUCUCUAUGGCAGAGCAGGUUUCCUAGCAAAAGCCAAAGACAUAAUUCACAAUAUGCCAUAUAAGCCAUCCGGUGCCACGUGGGCUACCCUACUGAACGCGUGUCACAUCCAUGGGAACACACAGAUUGGUAAAUGGGCAGCAGAAAAGCUCCUGGAGAUGAAGCCAGAGAACCCGGGAUACUACGUGUUAAUUGCAAAUAUGUAUGCAGCUGCUGGUUCUUGGAGCAAGCUUGCUGAAGUGAGGACUAUAAUGAGGGACUUGGGUGUGAAAAAGGAUCCUGGCUGUGCUUGGAUCGACACAGAUUCUGGAUUUUCACUGUUUUCGGUGGGGGACACAUCAAGCCCUGAAGCAUGUAAUACUUAUCCUCUAUUAGAUGGACUGAAUCAGCUGAUGAAAGACAAUGCUGGUUAUGCCAUCAAUAAGGUGCAAAGUUCAGAUGAAGAACUUCUUCAAGAAAUGGGAUGAAGGUGAAGAGCUGAGGAUGAUCAACUGGAGCUUUAUUUAGUUAAUAGCACAUAGUCUAUAUACGCCUGCAUAUCACCAGACUGAGAACAAGUUGGAUACACAUGACAAGUUCUAGUAUAUACAUUAACUAAAAUUGGACAAUGGUGGGGAUUGCUGCGGAAGUAUUUUUCCUAUAUAACACAAAGAAAACUUAUAUUGUGAGCUGAUUCACUUCAUCGAGCAAGAGCUUUGUAAUGCCAUCAGAAUUGGUCGGCCAGUUGAGGAAAUUUCUGCAGCAGCCAGGUAACUCCCUUUAUAGCAGCCUGAAUACACAAAAUGCAAAAGCUGUUAAAUCUUCAUUACCUCUGCAAUUUCAAACACAUCCACACAAUCAAAAUUGAUAGUAGCUCAUGUUACCAGAACUGUUUCUCCAGGUUUGAUU